AUGUCGCAGGAAAAAGAAAAAGAAAAACAAAUUGCGGUUGAUCCUGAUCUCUACGCGCUCAAUGCCGCAUAUGGAGUCGACGAUAACCAGUCAGAGACCACCUCCUUGGCCUCAUCGAUCUAUCGCGGAGUGAUGGAAAAUGGGCGCCGAUACCAGACUAUCAGAGAAGGCGAAUACUGGGGCCCAUCUGAUGAGCAACAAUUCGAAACUUUGGAAGCAGGUCAUUUAGUGUGUUUGGUUACGGACUCUGAUGCUCCGAAUCCCCUUUUCCGCGCACCAGUAAAAGAUCCAAAGCGCGUCCUUGACAUUGGAACCGGUCAAGGAAGCUGGGCUGUUGAUACGGCAGACAUGUUCCCAAAUUCCACGGUCUACGGAGUUGAUCUCUACCCUCCUCCAGUCACUUGGAUGCCCCCUAACUGUAUCCUAGAAGUGGAUGAUGUUCUCCAAGAAUGGACUUGGCGUGAGCCAUUUGAUUUCAUCCACAUGCGCCUGAUGCUGGGUGCUUUCUCUGCCCAGGAAUGGGACGGGGUUUAUAAACAGUGCUAUGACAAUCUGGAGCCCGGUGGCUGGUUCGAGCAACUAGAGGGUGGAUGUACGGUUCACUGCGAUGAUGGCAGUCUGCCCAAGGACAGCAUCCUUGGUCAAUGGGGUAAAAAUAUUUGCGCCGCUGCCAACAACGCCGGAAAGCCACUGGAAACACUUGAUACUAUGGGCCAAGAGAUUGCGAAGGCUGGAUUCGUUGAUCUUCAUGAGAAGGUAUACAAGUGGCCUAUUGGGCCAUGGCCACGAGAUCCUGUUCUCAAGGAGUCGGGACGUCUAAGCUAUCACAUGUGGAGGACUGGUGUGGAUGGAUGGGCAAUGUUUCUGCUUACGAAGUACGGCAUGCCCGAACCGUGGAGUAGGGAGGAAGUUCAGGUCUAUGUCGCGAAGGCCCGGAGUGACUUGCAAAACCCCAAUUACCAUGGUUAUAUUUUUGCGCGUCGUAUCUGGGGUCGCAAGCCAACACUGGAGGAGGUGGCUGCCAAGAAUGCCAAAGAAGAUAAGGAGGCUCAAGAAGCUAAAGAAGCAAAGGAAGCUCAGGGAUUCAAAGGAAGCAAAAGAGAGCCUCUCUCGCCUCUAUCACCACCGACAUCGACAUCAUCAACUCGCAGACAAUAA